UUCAGGGAGGGAUGGUGGUCUCGCGGGAGGCUCAUUUUGGCGCCGUUUUUCCGAUUUCCCGCGCUUAUCCCCACGUGGUUGAUUGCUAAUGAUGCGGAAAAUGAAUGAAUUUUAACUCGAUUUACAUUAUUUAGACUGCUGUGAUAAAAUGAUACCGUGUAUAUCACUAAAGACGAUUAAUUUUCUUAUGAUCGUGUUGUGAUUUUGGCUUCUAUUGUUGGAAAACCUGAUGAUCGAGAAACACAUGUACUCUCCGUCGACGAAGGCGGCCUGCUGGCUGGCGACAUUCCUAAGCGUUUUUGUUACAGGAGAAAUGCCAAUCCAAGCAGAGGUGGAGCCGGAAUUUUUACAAGCCCUGGAAAACCACACAGUCACACAGGGAAGGGACGUGCACUUCACAUGUGUUGUCAAUCACCUGUCAAAUUAUAGGGUGGCGUGGAUAAAAUCCGACUCAAAAGCGAUCCUGGCCAUCCACACGAACAUGGUGGCGCUAAACCCUCGGCUCUCAGUCACUUACAACAACCACAACACUUGGAAGCUGCACGUCAGCAAUGUGCAAGCGAGCGACUCCGGCACUUACAUGUGUCAAGUGAACACUGACCCUAUGAAGAGUCAGAUGGGUCAUCUAUCAGUGCUCAUACCGCCUGACAUAGUGGACACAGCUACAGAGGGCAGUUCAGCCCGGGAGGGCGGGAGUAUCCGGCUGACCUGCACCGCCACCGGAGUCCCCGCGCCCACGGUCCUGUGGAGACGGGAAAAUCACCAGCCUAUCGUGUUCAGGCAUGAUGGUGGCAGGGAGAAGAAGGUGCUAGAUAACUUUAAAGGCGAGAGUCUCGAGUUGUCUCACGUGCAGCGGGCUGACAUGGGCGCAUAUUACUGCAUUGCGAGCAACGGCGUGCCGCCCACCGUCAGUCGCCGGUAUCACGUGCAAGUGCAUUUUAUACCACAAGUAAAAGCCGCGCUACAAUUAGUGGGGGCGCCGCUCGGCAGUGACGUAGAACUGCAGUGCUACAUAGAAGCCUCUCCGAAAGCUAUGAACUCCUGGUACCGGGAGGAUGGUAACUCGCUGGUGAGCGAUAAACUGCUAGAGAAUCCAAAGUUCCGUAUAACGGAGCGCUCGGUGAACGAGUAUUCUUUAUGGAUGAACCUGACUAUAAAGUCGCUGGCUCUCAACGAUUUCGGGACUUACGUGUGUGCCUCCGUCAACGCGCUGGGCAAGAUGGAAAGCCAAGUUAGCUUACAUAAAAUAGAUGUAAACCUAAGCCCAGCGGACGUACCUAUGGUGUCGGGCGCGGCGUGGCAGCGAGCGAGGAACUUACCCGCACGAGCGCGAGCGACUUCCUACUACAUAACUCAACACCUCACGCAAAUACAAGCCAUACUAAUUACUAUUCUCCGAUAUGUAUAUAACUAACUGUAAGUACGUAUGCCUGAUCGUUAAGCCGUGAAGAAUAUUUUGUCCUAUUUUCACUGCCACUAGGCUACUGAUUGUUUAUUACCUUGAAGUAAUGGCAUUUCAAUGCAUUUACUAUACUUGAAAAAGUCUGCAUAAAGAAAAGUCUGUGUAUACUUUACAUAAAGUUGAAUUCAUAUGAAUUCAUAGAAAUACUUCCAUAAAGAUACAGAAGAUUGUGCUCUACAUUUGUGGGUUUUUAUUUACAGUAUUUAAAUAUAAUUAAUAUUGAUCUCGAAUAUAUAGAAAUGUGAUAUAAUAAGAAUGUAUGUAUGAAAUAUACACUUGUAAGUAGCGAUAAUAAUAAUUGUUAUGUUUAAAAGUAUAAUUUUAAUAAAUCAUAUCUAUAUUUUAUGCUCAUCUAUUACAUUAUGAUUGUAUAUAUGAACAUAAUACCAUAUUCUGAUUCUCUAAUCCAAUUAAAUUAAUUUUCUAAUUUUUAGUUGAUAAUAUUUAUGUUCGAAUCAUUGUGUAGAAAAAUACAGUAAAUUGAAUUAAAAAAACUUGUGGCAUAAAUAAAUAAAAAUAUUGGUCAUCUCUUCCGCUUAUUUGUAAAACCAUGGCUACAUAAAUUUCCUUUUAUGUACCUUAUAUUGUUAUAAGUUAAUAAAAUGUAAUUUAUUAUCAAAAGAUUUUGUUGUUUCAUAAAUCUCAUACAUUUUUGAUGAAUGUUAUCUGAGAAAAUUAGCUUAAGUAGCGUUAGAAAAUGAUAAUGUAAACAAUAUUUCCGAAUGUUCAUAACUUGAAUCAUGUUCUUAUAUAUUACGUUGACUUUGACAAUAAAUGUGUAAUUUAUAAAUUUUACUUGUGUAAACUAAAUAAAUAAAUGUCCA